ACCUAAGAGAGAGAAAAUUCGUCACCCCUGACAAAAAUCAAGCCCAUCCCCAUGAGCAAGACAUCAAGUGACGGCUUUACAAACGUCGCCUUCUCAAACUUCUAUAUAUCUCCCUGCCUCCCUUCUCCGCCCAAAGCCACAGAAACACAUGGGCUCCUGCUUCUCCUCCUCCCCCUCCUCCACCGCCUCCUCCACCAACAUCCGCCCAUCCACUGCCAAAGUGAUCAACAUCGACGGCUCCCUCAUCGAAUUCUCUCGGCCGGUUAAAGUAUCCCAGGUUCUCGGCCAAAACCAAACCUCCUCCUUUCUCUGCAACGCCGACGGCAUCUUCUACGGUCAAUUCGUUCAAGCAUUGCACCCCGACCGGCUCAUUGAACCGGCCCAGCUCUACUUCGUGCUUCCGGCAGCGAAGCUCGAAUAUCGCCUCACGGUGGCGGAUAUGGUGGCGUUGGCCGUCAGCGCUAGCUCUGCUUUCGCCGCUGCGGGAUCGGUGAAGACGGCGAGGAGCGGAGGAAGAAAUAGGAGGAGGAGAAGUGCUGUUGAGGUUAUGCCGAUUAUAGAAAAAAUGGAUUUUGAUUGCUAUAGGAGGAUCAGUGAAGUUAGUGUUGGGAGUUGGAGAUAUGAUUUGGGAGAGAAGAAGAGUUUUGGGUUUUAGGGGAUUGAAAGCUUCCAUGCAGAUUUUAGUGCGAUUGAAGAUGCUUGUUUUGUUGUGUGGUUAAUUAAUAUGUACAGUUAUUCCUUGCUGUUGUCUUGUAAAAUUCAUUGUUGGAAUUGUGUUUUUUCAGACUUAUUGAGGUUUUCAGAAUAAUGUUCAAUCAAUAAAUAAGGGAUGUGA